ACUAUCCACCUCUUCUUUGCUUUAGCCUCCCAUUCCACACCAAGAAAAGAGCAUUCCCAUUUCUCUAACAUAGAAAAGAAAAAAAAUGGCCUCCACAGCCCUCUCCAGUGCCAUGGUUAGUACCUCCUUCACUCGCCGGCAGCCGGUUACUAGCCUGCGAGCACUUCCCAACGUGGGACAAGCUCUUUUCGGCCUGAAAUCAAGCCGCGGAGGAAAGUUCAAGGCAAUGGCAUCAUACAAAGUAAAACUGUUAACUCCAGAGGGUGAAAAAGUAAUAGAAUGCCCUGAUGACGUGUACAUUCUGGAUGCAGCUGAAGAAGCAGGAGUUGACUUGCCAUACUCAUGUAGGGCAGGUUCUUGCUCUUCUUGUGCAGGGAAAGUUGUAGGAGGAGAGGUUGAUCAGUCCGAUGGUAGUUUUCUUGAUGAUGAACAAAUGGAAGAGGGCUGGGUUCUUACUUGUGUUGCUUAUCCCACUUCUGAUGUUGUCAUUGAGACACACAAGGAAGAAGAUCUUGUUGCUUAAUCUUCUUCCUUGAUUAAUUAAUUAAUUAAGCAUUUUCUUGCUUGCUUGCUUUCUAUGUAAUUUGGUUUUGUGGGGUUGGUUGGUUUAGUUUAUUUUGUUCUUCAGGAUAAUUAAUUAAGAUUGUUAUGUUUCUUGUCAAUUGAGAGUUGAAGCUCUUCUUGUAGCUUAAUAAACAUUUAUAUGAUUCAUUUC